AUAGAAGGGGGUGUGUUGUGUCCUGGUAAAGCGCUCUCUGCGUUCCGUGACCUGUGACCGAGGCGGCCAUCGCCGGAUGCUCCUAUCGCUGUGACGCUGUGAAAGGAAAGGGAAGAGGAAAUGACUUCGGUGCUGCCCAAAACUCGCCUGGGGAAGCGCUCGCCCAUGGGGGCGCUGGUGGCCACCCCCUGCUCUCUGACAGACGGCCUGCUGGAGACCGGCAUGGCAGGUUCCGGAAACAUGCCCGGCUCCGGGUUCCAGAACCCCGGAAGGGUCAAGCUGCACUCGGGGCAGAAGGUGUAUGUGAACUGUGGUGGGCAGGAGUGCGUGGGUGUGGUGGAGCAGCACAACCAUGUGGACAACGAGGUGUCAGUCUACCUGCCACAGCUGGACCAGCACACUCUGCGCAAGGCUGAGGAUGUCUGGACCACGCCCACUACUCCUCCCCCACCCAUAACCGAGCCCCGCCCUGUCUCCUCUAAUAUCGAUGUGCCUAAGAGCUGCAGGAGCCCAAACUCGGUGGACAUGGAUGAGAUGAUGGCUGCGAUGGUCCUCACCAGCCUGUCCUGCAGUCCGCUGGUCCAGAGUCCCCCCCAGAGGGACCCCGCUCCAGCCUCGUGUGGGAUGGAGUGCGGAGGCGGGGAGCUCUCUGACAGCGGGAGCAGUGGCUGCUGGAGCUGGGACCGUGGCAACGGAAGCCCCGCCCCUUCCCCGCCCAUCGCCGAGAUGGACAGCGGCCAGGCUCCGCCCUCCGACGAGGGCCUGGACAUGGAUAUGGAGCAGGUGUUGUUCGAUGAGCCGGCGCCACGGAAACGGAAGAACUCGGUGAAGGUGGCCUACAGAUGUCUGUGGCCAAACUGCGGCAAGGUGCUCACAUCCGUGGUGGGGAUCAAGAGGCACAUCCGUACUCUGCACUUGGGGCACAGCAGUGAGCUGGAGCGAUCCCGCAGAGAGGAGGACUUCUACUACACCGAAAUCCUCCUAGGGGCGGAAUCCAGCACGCCCCAGGCGGCCGCCUGCGCCACCUGGGCCUCCUGUGCUUCCCCCUCCAGUCCGACCCAGCAGGCCGCAGCGGGGCCUGGGUCUCGCCUGCCCGAGUCCCCCGCCUCCGUGACCCCCCAGCCCAGUGUGCUGAGCCAGUCGGCCCCUGGGUGCUUCUGGCAGGUCCGCUCCGAGCACUCGUACCAGGCAUGCCCUCCCGUCCAUGUGGUAGCGUCCCCCGUGUCCUGUUCUUGGACACCCCCCGUCGCCGUCCUCCAGACCACACAGGCAACCCCGUUUCGCAGCCGUUCCGUCAGCGUGGGCGAGCAGUGGCUCCAGCAGAACAGCGCCCCCACCAGGCCACACCCCGCCGGCGGGUCCCCACCCCGUGGACACUGCGCCUCCAGGAGAGUCAGAGGAGAGGCGAAGAAGUGCAGGAAGGUGUACGGCAUCGAGCAUAGGGACCAAUGGUGCACAGCCUGCCGCUGGAAGAAGGCCUGCCAGCGCUUCCUGGACUGAGCUGCUGAGAGGGAGAAAGAGAGAGAAGAAUGGAGACAGAGAAAGAGAGAGAAAGAGACUCUUGAUGGAGGUGAAGACCCCAUCUUCAGUAAAGACUGAUACGUGUCUCAUCACAAACCCUGUGAGCCACGUAAUUUUUUUUUUUCGCUUUUGUAUUUUUCAUAUUUUACUAAGGUGAUUCAUGUUUUUGAUGUCUAUUCUCAUGGACCUGAGAACUAUUGCGAGGACUAUUGCGUGGCUAAAAUGCCCCCCCCCCCCCUCCGAUUUUCUUGCCUCAGAGAAAAUGGGCAUUUCCAUCACAUCAAAGGCCACGCCCCCUGGGGUUGCAGCAGCCAGUAGGAACCACCGCCCUUGUGCUGUGCAGUGUUGUCACGGCAACCAACCUAACUCUGCCCCAGCUCAACCUCUUGACAAGUGAUGCACCGUUUAGUAAUGCCGUCCAACAGAAACUGACUAAGCCUCAGAGUCAG